AAACUCCCCGGAUGCUGCCUAGCCUAGCUUGAGACCGGCUCGGAACUUUCCAGAAAAAGUCGGCGCGAGGAGGAGGAGGGAGAAGAAGAAGCUCGAGCCGGCUGCUGAGGGAGCGAGGGCGAGAGAACAGGGCUGCUUUGAUUCUAAGGGUGUAAAGCGCAAGUAUCUAUUGUACCAUGGUGAAGGAGACCACAUACUAUGAUGUGCUUGGCGUGAAACCCAAUGCGUCCCAAGAAGAACUGAAAAAGGCUUAUAGGAAACUGGCAUUGAAAUACCACCCUGAUAAGAAUCCAAAUGAAGGUGAAAAGUUCAAACAGAUUUCUCAAGCUUAUGAAGUUCUUUCUGACACCAAGAAAAGGGAUUUGUAUGAUAAAGGUGGUGAACAAGCCAUUAAAGAGGGUGGUACUGGAAGCAGCUUUGGGUCACCCAUGGAUAUAUUUGAUAUGUUCUUUGGAGGAGGUGGCAGAAUGCAACGAGAGAGGAGAGGUAAAAAUGUUGUUCAUCAGUUGUCAGUAACUCUAGAAGAUUUGUACAAUGGAGCAACACGAAAACUCGCUCUACAAAAGAAUGUGAUUUGUGACAAAUGCGAAGGUCGAGGUGGCAAGAAAGGUGCAGUGGAAUGCUGCCUUAAUUGCAGAGGAACAGGCAUGCAAAUAAGGAUUCACCAAAUAGGACCUGGAAUGGUUCAGCAAAUCCAGUCGGUGUGUAUGGAAUGCCAGGGCCAUGGAGAGCGCAUCAGUCCCAAGGAUAGAUGUAAAAGCUGCAAUGGAAGGAAGAUUGUUAGAGAGAAGAAAAUUCUUGAAGUCCAUAUUGAUAAAGGAAUGAAAGAUGGUCAGAAGAUAACUUUCCAUGGUGAAGGAGACCAGGAACCAGGGUUGGAGCCAGGAGAUAUCAUUAUUGUCUUGGAUCAAAAAGAUCAUUCUGUGUUUACAAGACGAAAUGAAGACCUGGUCAUGUCCAUGGACAUUCAACUAGUUGAGGCACUGUGUGGGUUCCAAAAACCAAUUGCAAUGCUAGACAAUCGAACCAUAAUCAUUACUUCUCAUCCUGGUCAGGUUGUCAAACAUGGAGACAUUAAAUGUAUACUGAAUGAGGGAAUGCCAUUCUAUCGCAGACCAUACGAAAAGGGUCGUCUAAUCAUUGAAUUUAAGGUGAUCUUUCCAGAUAGUGGCUUCCUUUCCUCUGAUAAGCUAUGUCUGUUAGAAAAGCUGUUGCCUCCAAGGCAAGAAGUGGAGGAAACUGAAGACAUGGACCAGGUAGAGUUGGUAGACUUUGACCCCUCUCAGGAAAGAAGGCAUUACAAUGGGGAAGCCUAUGAAGACGACGAGCACCAUCCCAGAGGUGGCGUCCAGUGCCAGACGUCUUAAAAGGCCUCAUGGUUUUCCUUGUGCUGCUUGUCUUGUAUGUCAGUUGUGAAUGAGUGAAGGAUUAAAGUUGCUAAACUCUCAAACUUGCCAUUGUCCCUGUAAUAUUUAGACAUAGUUGUUUUUAAAUCAAGUUAACAAACUUAAAAUCUGUAAACUACUUCAAUCAAGUUGAAAUGCUGUUCUAUUUCCAUAUGGCCUCCUAAGGAAACCAGAAGUCAAUUUGCUCUGGCUUUUUAAUUUUAUUUUGUGCAUCAUAAGUGUAUUGUGUGCAAAUGCACUGGCUUAGUAUUCAGUGAUUUCUGUUUAGUAUUAUAAAUUAUAUUCCUCUUAAGUAUGCACAUGUAUUUAUGAUUCAUGUUAAAAAUGUGAAAUUAAAAGUUUUGUAUUCAUCAGCUUCUAGAUACAUUGGUGUGUUUUGGAUGUACUGUGGCUGGGUGAGGCUUCACAAGGCACCUGCAUGGCACUGUAUACCUUCCUCCCCUGGAGAGUUAAGUCCUGCCCCCUAGUUUUAGCUACAACGCUGUAAAAUCCCUCUAUUAAUGGUAUGCAGGAUCCUAGCAUUGCUAAUUCGUAAGGAGUUGAAAAUUCAACCUGUAAUAGUUUAUGUAGGAUGAAAACCAAAUGUUUAACAUUUUUGAAUAGGAAAUAUGUGGGAUUUUAAAAUAAGCCACUCAACUGAAAAGUAGUAAAGCUAGAAAGUUACUGUACAUUUAACGGAAGUUUUGACUUUUAGCGUAAGUAGGUUUCAGUGACUCUUAACUUUCAGUUUCUUAGACUAUAUGUACACCUUUAGAAAGCUCCCUUCUAAAUUUGUGUCACUCAUGAAUGAAUGAGUUGCCAUAAUUUGAGGGGAUGUGUGUGUGCUCUUAGUUCCUGAAAAGGGCUACCUCUACCAUUUGCCAUUUCAAAGUAUUUGUAUUUUAGCUUCACAGAUUACAGCUGGCCUUUCAGUAACUGCAGGAAGGCUUAAACCGAUUCAAGUGCCUCUUCUAGGACUAAAAUGUACUUACGCUGACCCUUGACCUUUUUCUUUAAUAAACCCAUGUUGAUAUUUGAUAGGCAUGCCCGGCUGUAGCCCUUAUGCUGUGCAUAUAGAGCAGGUGGGCUAAUGGAUAUGGCAUUCCAGUGCUCUGCCAUUUCAACACAGGUCUUAUGCAUUUGAGGUUUUAAUCUAUGGCUUCUUCCCAGGGGUUUAAGUUGCAUUGUAAUUUAUGGUCCUUGUGAUAAGAAUGAUUUAAUAGAAACAAGUAUGUUAGUGGAACGAAGAAUCUGACUUGACAAAUGCUUGCAUAUUGUACUUCAAACUUGAGUUUCAACCCAUGGGGGGAAAUAAACACUAUCUUCUAACA